AUGAGGCCGCAGUAUGCGCAACCAUACGAUCCGGACACCGAUCCCUGGCAUGACGAUGAGCAGGAGCCUGCACCGUAUGGUGCUCCAAUGAUGGGUGGCCCCAUGGGAGGUGUUCCGCAGAUGCCAAUGGGUUGGGAUCAGCAAAGCGCCGUCAGCAGCCAGAUGCCGGGCAUGAGGCCGGCACCGGGUCAGUGGGGCCAAGCGCCGCCGCAGCAGUAUGCCCAGCCAUUCGCAAAUGGCGGGCAAGGCAUGGCCCCUUCGGCUGCCCCGCCGAGCUACCAGCAAGUUCCGUAUGGAGCGCCGGGCCAGGCACCCAUGGGCUGUCCACAGUAUCAGCAGCCGUGUGGGCAGCCAGGCACUGCUCCAAAUGGCCAGCUGCCUUAUCAGCAGCCACCGGCGGCCCAGCAGCCGUGCCAGCAGCAGUACCAGCAGCAGCCGUGUGCGCAACCAGGCGCUGCCCCAACUGGUUACCAGCCAUAUUCGCAGCAAACAACUGCUCAACAGCCGUACCCGCAGCAGCCGUGCGCGCAUCCGGGUGCUCCUCCAAAUGGGCAGCAGCAGUAUCAGCAGCAGCCGUGUGCUGCACAGCCUGGUGCGGCCCCCAUGCCAGCCCAGCAGCCGUUUCAGCAGCCGUGUAACACGAUGACUGGCAUGGCCCCUGUGGGAGGUCAGCCACAGUAUCAGCAGCCUGCCCCGCAGCCAGGCUUCAACUAUCCUGCGGCCAUGUACCGACAAGCGAGCCCUGAACCAGAUGGCUGGGACUGCGACUCACCGCGUCCGUCCGUGUCUCAGCCAGGUGCUUUCGGAAGCCAGCCGCCGUUUCAGCAGCCAGCGGCGUACCCAAACCAGUACCAGCAGCAGCCGUGCGCGCAGCCAGGCGCUGCUCCUGCCGCCCAGCAGCCGUGUCACCAGCAAGUUCCUGCUCCGCAGCAGUACCAGCAGCUGCCGUGCGCGCAGCCUGGUCCCGCUGCUCAACAGCCCUGUCAACAGCAGUAUGCUCAACCAGGCACCGUUCCGAAUGGUUUCCAGUCGAGUCCACCACCGGCAGCUGCACAGCAGCUGUAUCCACAACAGCCGUCUGCGCAGCCAGGCGCUCCAAAUGCACAGCAGCCGUACUCGCAGCCAGCAACUGCCCAACAGCCGCAGCCGAUGCAGCAGCAGCCGUGCGCGCAGCCAGGCGCUGGUCCAAAUGCCCAGCAGCCGUACUCGCAGCCACCAACUGCCCAGCAGCCGUUUCAGCAGCAGCCGUGCGCGCAUCCAGGCGCUGGUCCAAAUGCCCAGCAGCCGUAUUCGCAGCCACCAACUGCCCAGCAGCCGUUUCAGCAACAGCCGUGCGCGCAGCCAGGCGCUGGUCCAAAUGCCCAGCAGCCGUAUUCGCAGCCACCAGCUGCCCAGCAGCCGUUUCAGCAGCAGCCGUGCGCGCAGCCAGGCCAGGGAUAUUGGCAGAGUUGGUUUCUGUUGCAGUUUUCGGCGCUGAUCCAAAUGCUCAGCCGUCGCAUCAGCAACCGCCCACUGCGCAGCCGCCGUAUCAGCAACAGCACCCGUGGCUUGGCAUCAACUGCUUACGGCGCCGCGCAGGGCCGAAGCUUGUGUGUUCAGGACUUCGAGGAUGGGUUGAUCCCAGCUCUGUCCGAAACUCUCUGGGGAGCAGGGACUGCCGCGAAGGACAUAGCAGAAACCUUCUUCGUUUUAAGGCUUCAGAGUAAGGCGUCCAGGGCUCGAUCCAGAAGACAGAGUAUGCCGGAUUAA